CCUCCUGCUUCCUCUCUCCGUUUCGUUCUCUAUCCUUUGUGUCGAGUUGAUUCUCGGCCAUCCACGUUCCUUCUCUUUGAUAGAGCAACCCGCGUUUUCCCCAGGAGGGUCUCAAGCUUUACGUAGUCCGACCCAGCUCGUCGACGACACAACGGUCUUUAUUCUCUAUCACUUCUGUAUAAACCCUUUUUCGUCCAGUCAUGGUUUUCAUCGCACCAGUUCUCGGCGCUGCCGCGCUUUUGGCGGGUUUGGUAUCCGCUGCCCCGCGACCUGACAGCUCCAGCGGAGACGAGGUUGCCGUUUCUGCUCCAUAUGGUGUCAUCGAAUCGGACACUGCUGAGCUCUAUUCACAAUUGGCGACUGAGUCGGCCGAUGCCACGUCCUCUUCCCCGUACUACGCGGCCUCUGCGACGUACGCUGCGGCGGCGACGGGCUAUGCUGCGGCCGGCGGGUCCUAUUAUUCGUCAAGCAGCGACACAUGGGAUAGCAUGGCCACUGCAACCGUCUCGGCGGCGGUAGGCGGAUACUACUCGUCAAGCAGCAACACCUGGGAUAGCAUGGCCACUGCGACUGUCUCCGCGGCGGGCUCUAUGAUGACUUACGGCUCUGGCAGUAGCGGCUGGGGAGGACAGGGUUACAACGACUGUGUGAACCAGUGUGUUGCCUCCUACGGUGCGCCCCCAGCAAUGUGGACGCCUACUCCGUCGUCCGGCGGCUCCAGCUCUGGCUCCGGCUCUGGCUCUGGCACAACGCACACCGUCAUUGUCGCGCCCACUCAGGGUGUCCUUCGCUUUGUCCCAUUCGCAGUUAACGCAACUCCCGGCGAUACUGUUCACUUCGUCUGGAAUGCGAACAACCACACGGUCACCAAGUCCUCUGAGCUCGAGAUUUGCAACAAGACCGGCGAUGCGCCGUUCGCCUCCGGCACUCAGAACCAGGGCUUCACCUUCGACCAGGUUGUCAACGACACCAACCCUGUCUUCUACUACUGCGGCACCCCAACCCACUGCGAGAAGGGAAUGUUCGGCAUCAUCAACCCUCCCAGCAUUUCCAACAACGCCAACACCUCUGUCGCGAGCAUGAUGCCCGCAAUGGUUGCGAACAACUCUGAUCUGUCCGCAAUGGCUGCGUACACCAACAACAUGACCCAGGGCAACCUCCAGGCUUCCAUGUGGGGUCAGAACAUCGAUCUCGCGCAGAUGCCCGACUGGUCGCACGAGUACGUUAUGCAGAACGUCAUGUACGCCCAAGCUCUCAUCGCGGAGAACCCCGAUGUCAUUGGUUCGACCGGCGCUAUUGACAUGUCUGCUGGUGGCAACCCCAUCAAGUUCCCCAUGGAUAUUACCUCCGCCAUCAACAACGCCGGCUCUGGCUCGCCCAGCAGCAGCGCUGGCUCAGCGCCAUCGUCCUCUGCUCCCGCUUCCUCUGCCUCCGCCAGCGCGUCUGCGUCUCCUUCGCCUGCGGCGGGUAAGUCCAACGGUGCGGGACGCACCCUCGCGUCGAGCGCCCUCGUCGGCGUUGCUGUCAUAGCGGCCUCUUUCCUUGCGCUCUAAGCUAUGCUGGAAAUCUGGACAUACUUUCGUGAUAGUCUAUACCGCUGUGUUUUCGCUUUGCACGGACCUUUCGGACUCUUUAGCUUACCUCUUCUACCCCUUUUUUACACAUCUUUGAAGCAGCACCAUGUCUCGCAUGCGAGGAAAGGCUUAGGCAGCCGUUGUAGCUGUAGUUACUUUGAAACAACGGUUCUCUACUG